CCAACACCACGGCAAGAUUCGCUCACGCGCACACACAGCUGAGGCGCGAGCGUGUGCGCUGCAGCAUCGCGUUCACGCUUCUACAAGACGAAGCAGUAUUAUUUCUUCCAUUGUUAUUUUAAAGUGACCGGUGAAUCGCUCGGUGUCGGCUCUGUCCGCCGUCUGUGGACUGAUGUGGAUGUGACGCUAGAAUGGGCGAAUACCGCUGGAUUUGACUCUCACUGUGGAAAUGGAUCCCACAUUCUCACUUGGAGACAAAGAUGAGGUCUACGUGGAGGAUGUGGGGCCCCUGCGCGUGAGGAUGCGUGAGCGUCUGCUGUGGGACGAGCCGCUGCAGAUGUCCUGGCUGAUGGAGGCCGAGCCGUUCACCUCCUCCCUCCAGACGGGGGGGCCUGUGGCGGGAGCCGGCAUGACCCUGGAGCAGAAGACCACCUUUGCCUUCGUCAUCUUCCUCUUCGUCUUCCUCUGCAUGCUGAUUGUGCGCUGCUUCCGCAUCCUGCUGGACCCUUACCGCAGCAUGCCCACCUCCACCUGGGCAGACGGUCUGGACGGCCUCGAGAAGGGCCAGUUUGAUUACACACUGGCAUAGAGACACACACACGUACAGUGAUGAAGACACACACUCCUGCAGAACACUGGGCAUCCUGAAGUUACACACAAACACAUGACACUGUGUAGAAAUACAUCAAGAAAACUUCUGCAUAUGAGCAGCUCUGCCACAACCUUGUGGAGACGACUUACACACACACACACACACAUGAACACACACUGCACUCACUGCCAUCCACACAUACAAGAUGUUUCAGAAAAUGAGUGUGCAGUGCUUUAUUACAGGCUGAAUGGAUCUUGAUCACAGGGUAGCCCUCUUUUAUAUCCUCCUAAAUACAGCCCUCAUUUCCUCAUGUAUCUGUGCUGUCGUUAACUGCCAAGUACAAAUCUCUAGAAGAGACCGUUUAUAAGCACUUCAUAAACACUUAUGACGCUUUUGUCAAAAUAGCCUUAAAAAAAAAAAAAAAAGGUGCACUGUAAUCGGCCACUGUCAAAGUUUACAUGAUUCAUUACUGGCAAUUACUGCAGUGCUUCUUGUCACGUCCUGAGCCUUUAUAGAAAGCUCUAGCUGAUAUGAAUAUACAGUUAGGAUAGGCUUUUAGAUGAG